AUGACUGUAAAGCGCCGUAACCAUGGACGUAACAAGAAAGGCCGUGGCCAUGUGAAGCGUGUGCACUGCGUAUCUACGGCCAAGCUGAUUCCCAAGGACAAAGCAAUCAAGCGUUUUGUCGUGCGCAAUAUUGUAGACCAAUCGGCAAUUCGUGAUUUGAAGGAAUCAUCUGUAUACGAAUCUUACGCUCUUCCUAAGAUCUACAUUAAGAACUAUUACUGCGUAGAAGCUGCUAUUCAUCAGCGUAUCGUGCGUGGUCGUUCGGUGGAGGCCCGUAAAAGCCGCGCCCCACCUCCACGUCGUUUUGCCCCGAAGCGCACGUAG